CAACCGCCACAACUUCGCAUCCCCACAGUCCCUCUCGAAUGGCUCAAACCCCGUUUACCCUCCGAUUCCUUUGCCUCGUGGGGCGUCAAGCCCGGCACAAAGAACGUCCACAACCUCUGGCUCGAGCUCGCCCAAGGCGAAACCUCUCUCGCCGAUUCGACCCCUCCGGUUCGAACCGUUCAGGUCGUCACCGUUCGGGUCACCCGCAAAGACGGAAAAUUCCUUGCGGAGUCGCACCAGGAGCUUUCGGACGGUAACGUGAGGAAGCGUGGUAGGUCCUUGUCGGAGAAGAUGAAGCCCAAUGAGGACCCGGAAUCCGCCGCCGUGAGGGGCAUCAGGGAAGAGCUUGGCUCCGUGAUUGGUGGUGUCGGGUCGGAGCCCGAGACCGGUUUUGAGGUGGGUGACAUCGUGACCAUUGAUCCCAAUUCGUAUGAGAUGAGGGUGGACGAGCGCAAUUCGGACUCGUAUCCGGGUUUGCCCGGUUACUACGUUAUGCAUACCUUGAAUGCCACUGUUGAGGGCUUGCCCGAUGGUGAUUUUUGCACGUACGAGGUCGAUGAGUACGGCGAUUUUGACGAGAAGAAUGUUGCAGACCAGGCUCUCUCUGUCAAGAAGCAUUAUUGGUCAUGGGUUGGUGCUGAUUCUGUGACAUUUUGAUUUUAUUAUUAUUAUUUUUUUAAUUUGGGGAUAUUGACACCAACAGUUUUUGUACUUGUAAUAUCAUUUUGAGGUUUUGGGAUAAUAAGGUGGGACAAUUAUUGUUCAAACUUCAAAGUAUAUUGUUAUAUGGUU